CAGAGCCGUUUUUUGUGCAGGAGUUAUUUUUUUGCUGGAGCAAUUCCGUUUAGCGCUUCGAAGGAAAGCACCCGGAAAAAAAACCAAAAAUGUCCGUGAUAUUACUAACGCAACACGACGAGAACAUCUACGACAUAUUCAAGGGCCAGGAGACCAAGGGCAAGCAGAUCAAAUUGAGGUUCAAGACCGCCGAAGAUGAGGUGAAAAUCGAGUACCCGGAAUUGUACGCGGAGAAGAAGAAAUACGGCGUGAUGGGCGUCGCCGGCUUGGAGAUUCCGGACCCGCAUAAUUUUCUAAAAAAAGGAACAGGUAAGCCCUGUUACGUGCAGCCCAGAGGCGAGAAGGAGCCCACGAGGCCCUGCAUGCCCAACAGACGGCCCGAGGUGCCCAAAACGAGGGAAGUGGUGAAACUGUACAACCCGCCGAAGAAAGACAAGGACUUCGUCGUGAAGAACAUAUCGAAGGUGAAGGGCCAGCCCGGAAAGGAGCACGAGCACUACAUCGUGCUCGACAAGCACGGCAACAAGGAGUCGGUCAAAGUGCUCGAGCCUGUCUACGUCAAGAUGCCUCCGUUCGGCAAAACGCCCCCGUACCUGAAGAUGUUCCUCAGGGAGCGGGAGAUCGAGUACCAGAAGAAAAGGGAAGCCAAAGUGACCAUCCAGCCCAUAUGCAAGUACGUCACCAGGCACAGGAGGAAGGAGUUGCUCGAUGUGAGUACUUACAAUGAUAUCUUAAAGUACUUCGGAGGAAUAAUUUGUUGUUUAUCUUUAGGGUUUGAAGCAGAAUUGGGAAGAGCUGCAAAACCAGUACCAAGGCCUGUCCAUCUGCACGGACAUUCUGCCGAAGAUACUGCGAAAAAGGAAGCUGGAGACCCAACUGAAGCAGCUCGAAAAGGACAUAGUGCUGAUCGAAAGGCACCCUUACAUCUACGUGUACGAGGAUGAAAUCGUGUAGAUUGGGUUUUCUUUAGCGUAAAUGUCGUUCCGAGGGAGCGGGAUGGUUUCGUUGGAGGCGGGAAGAACCAAAAUUUAUCAUAAGGUUAAAAGUACAUAUGUGAUUUUGCGAGAAUGAUGAGCUGUGACAAAUUUUAAAGCGUGGAUGCACCGAGAUUGGGAUCUUCUUCCCAUUUACAGAGAAGAUGUUGAUCGAAAUGGGUAGAUGAAGUCGCGCUAGCUAUUGUACCUAUGGAAGUUUAAUAAACGCAUAUUCAUUC